GGUAGGAAAGUGUGUGGAUCAAGCAGAGAACAGAGGCUGAGUGACAUCUGCUGGGAGAUGAUCACUGCUGAAGCUUGUGUCAGAGAUCACAGAAGAAGAUCUAUGGUCAGAUCCAUGUGAGGCCAAAGUGUACAAGGGUGUCCUCGUCUGUCCUCAAGCUGAGACAGACGCUCAGAAGGACAGAGGGAAGACUGGUGAAGAUCUGCUCUCAGAUGAGCUUUUGAGUGGAGGGUCAAAGACUUCAGAUCUGAUGGAGUCUGAUCAGGUCACACGCUCUCAGGUGCUCUCGAGGUCACAUCUGUAUCAUCAGCUGGACCAGAGAUGAAGACUGUCACUUUAACAGCAUCACGUGACCUGAGUGGAUCCUCUGAAGACUCCACCUCCUCUGAAGCAAAUAGAGGUGGAGCCGACCCUUGAAUCAGAGCUCUUGCUUGAUCACGUGAUGCCUCCUCUCACUGGUUCCAGUUUCCAGGAAAUGAAAGCAAGUCAGUCUUCAGAGAGGAGUGAAAUGGCACAGACCAGAGUUGAUCUGCAGAGAGAGUGCUUCUCCUGCCCCAUCUGUUUGGACCUGCUAACAGACCCGGUCACGCUGCCCUGUGGACACAACUACUGCAUGACCUGUAUCAAUGGCUCCUGGGACAGAGAAGCGGACAAGAACGUCUACAGGUGUCCUCAGUGCUCACAGACCUUCACACCGAGGCCGUCCUUGCAGAAGAACACCUUGAUAGCUGAGUUAGUGGAGGCGCUGAACAAGACUAGACCACACGCCGCGACCGCUGCUGCCGUCUGCAGCUACGCCGGACCUGAUGACGUGUGCUGUGACUCCUGCACAGGGAGGAAGAUGAGAGCCUUCAAGUCCUGUCAGGUCUGUCUGGUGUCGUUCUGUGAGCAACACCUCCAGCCUCACCUACGAGAGUCAGCCUUCAAGAGACACAAGCUGGUCAAUCCAGUCAGGCAGUUGGAGGAGAACAUCUGCACCAGUCACAGAGAGGUCAUGAAGAUCUUCUGCCGAACCGAUCGGCAGGUCAUCUGCUAUCUCUGCGCAGUGGAUGGACAUAAAGACCACGACACGGUCUCGGCUGCGGCGGCAAGAGGCGAACAAGAGAAGGAGGCGGAGCAGAGUCGGGGAAGGACACAGCAGACUAUCAGGAAGACGGAGAAGGAUCUGAGGCAGCUUCAGCAGGAGGAGAAGAGCAUCACCGUCUCUGCUGAGAGAGCAGAGAAGGACAGUGAUGAGAUCUUCACACAGAUGACAACUCUCUUCCAGAGGAGAAGGUCUGAGGUGGAGCAGCAAAUCAAAUCACAGAGCGAGGCCGAUGUGAGUCAAGUUCAGAUGCUUCAGGAAGAGCUGAGGAAAGAGAUCACUGAGCUGAGGAGGAAAGAUGCAGAGCUGGAGAAGCUGUUACAGACCGAGGAUCACACAAACUUCCUCCAGAAAUUUGCUUCACUGUCAGAGGUCGGAGUGUCCAGCACCGUGUCCAGGGCCAACGUGUGUCCACACAACUACUCCAGAAACGUGGCCGCAGCCCUGUUGGCCUGCAGAGAUCAACUCCAGGACUUUCUGAGAGACAGGUGGACAAGCAUGUCGCUGACUCCAGAGGAGCAUCUGCUGUUGGAGGCUGAGCCCCAGACUAGAGCCGAGUUUCUCAUAUACUCCCGUGACAUCACUCUGAAUCCAAACACCGCACACGCUUGCCUGCAGCUGUCUGAGGGAAACAGGAAGGUCAAAGGAGUGAGUAAGAAGCAUCUUCGUCCUCACCACCCGGACAGAUUCACAGAUGAGUGGCAGGUCCUGAGCAGAGAGACUCUGACUGGACGUGGGUACUGGGAGGUGAAGUGGACCGUGGGAGUCUCUGUCGCGGUCGCUUUGAAGAGCAGCACAGAAGAACAUCAGGAAUUUGGAUUCAACGACAAGUCCUGGUCUCUGUGUUGGAGCACACAUUCUGGUUGCGAAUUUUUGCAUGACAGCGUUACCCAUGAGGUCUCAGUACGUCCUUCCUCCAGAGUGGGCGUCUAUCUGGAUCACUCUGCAGGGCUUCUGUCCUUCUACAGUGCCUCUGACACCAUGACCCUCCUACACAGAGUCCAGACCACAUUCACGAAGCCACUAUAUGUCGGAGUUGGUGUUGGUGUCCGGUCCUCAUGUGAGUUUGUGAAGCUGAACUAGCAUGUCUCACUCCUCAUCUCCCAUCAUGAACCACUUGAGCAUCUCCUUCACCGAGGAAUGAAAACAAGAGUUUUUCCUGAAAAUCACAAAGUUCCAGACGAUUUGGACCCAGUUGAAGCUGCCAGUCUGUUCAGUGUGGGACUUGUUUUGAAACAAAGCAUAGCAUUUACGUUUCAUCUUCGAUUACGGGAUGCAUUUUAGAAAAAAAGCACACAAAAUAUGACGUUAUUGAAAUAAUGCCUUUGUGUCCCAUUGUGAAUUUAUAAUGAUAUGUUUUCCUGAGCUCUCCUCACUGUUGACUAGAUACAAGUGUCAAGGUGGCUACAAUUCUUGGGCGACCCUUGUCCCUGGUUUCUUGAAUAAAUAAGU